GCUCGACUAUUCUUUCUAUCGUGAGAUCGAUUUUCUAAGAAAGAGAAGAAAAGACGGGGUUAUAAAAACCCAGACAGCCAGGCAGUUUCUGCCGAUACACCAUGUGUGACAGAAUCAACCGUCUCCCAUUGGAGAUAAUCAUUCAUAUCCUUUCUUAUCUACCAUACUCGUCCCUGCUCGCCUUCGGGGAAACAUGUCGCUUCAAUUAUCAAUCCCACAUCAUGAGCCUCCGGUACCUGCGACUGGGUGUGUUUGAAAAAAGAGCCCAUUCCACUAUAGCCUGCCUCCAAGCGGGUUGGGCUGCACCAGGCCAAAUCGCUAGUUGCUUCGAUGACGAUGAUGAAAACGACGACGACGACGACAAUUCAAGUGAAUAUACUGUCGCUGUUAUCCAUCCGAAGUUUAAACGUAUCCGGCGGGACGGACCUAGCAGAGACGAUCCGGGGCCAGGCGACUCGAGCAGGCGAAUCGCAGUACCCCGGGGUAAGACCCGGUCACGAACGCAGGAGGAGAUGAUCCGAGCUCAAAACAAGAUCUUUUCCCUGAUUGUGAAUCGAUACGGCCCCACCUUGAUCAAACUGGAGUUUAUGGCGUAUGGUCUUGACGCCCGCGGAGCGAGGACUCUAGGGGGUAAGUGCCGGCAUUCAUUACGGCACCUGGCACUACGCUUCGAGCAUCGGCAUAUUCGAGACGGGGAGAUGAACCCAAGCCUCUGGCUUCAACCGGCACCCGCCAGUUCUGUUUGGAAUCUACUCAUUGGGGAAGGACGCUACAAAGAUUUCGGGAUCUCCAGCCUAGAGAGUUUGAUCUUGGAGAGGUCUGGCGUUAGCCCCUCCCAACUGACCAUGCUUGUGAAGAACAAUCCUAGACUGAGGGUCAUGAAGCUGAGAACUUGUCGUGGUGCACACCCCGAAUUUCUAAAUUGGCUCGGGGGCAUCCACACAGACCCAGUUGAGCCCGGGUCCGGGUCGCACGAGGACUUGGCUCCGGGGAGGAAGUUGACUGUCUUUUGGCUGGAGAACUGUCAUGAACUGCUCACGCAGCCCAUAGACGAAAGUGUUGAGCUACCAGCGGAGACCUCCUGCCGUUUCCCAUCAGCUUCCAAGAGCCUCCUGCUGAGGAUGAUCCCAAGUUAUUAUAAGGCAAACGGUUUCCCGGUGCAUUCUGUUCUUUUGAUUUGUUUCUUUGAGCGACCAUUGAGCGCGGUGUUUGUGCUGUAUUGAAAUGAAUUAUAGCAUUGGACAGCGACCUUCCUACGAUAGAUACCAUGCAUAACGAGUGAGAAAUUGAUGAUUAAUGCAUACCCAGUGAAUCAAGAACAAGUAAUUCCAUCGAAGAUUUUAGAACUGACUGGCGGAGAAGCCGAGGCGGAAAGAUGCUGCUCAGACAUCGAUUUCCUUCCCAUGAAUGGUGGCUCCCCUUCUUCACUGGUUUGCACUGAACCA